AUAAUUUAAAACAAAUAUGGCUAGAUCGGGAAAAACUGCGCAAGAAUUUAUUCAAAGCUCCUUUUCGCCUAUCAUUGCAGUACUAUGCAGUCCAAAAGUAGAACAUGUUACUUCUAAAAACAAUUUGUCUUUUACGGAGCUGUUACAGCCAUUCGGAAGUAUGGACUGGGAAGGUCAGAUUCGAGAGCCAGGUGGAAGUGUAUGUAUUGUUAAAAACUGGAAAGUGAUAAUAAGGGAUGUUCAUUGGAAACCUUUGCCGCCCACUGAAGCAAGGAAACAAUUGAACAAUGCAGUCUUGCACAACUACACUGACAAAACUGUCUUACUAGAGUUAGAUGGCAGAAAAUUUGAUGUACCUCAAUCAACACCUUGGUUUGAAGCUUGGAGAGAGACUUAUCUAGAGGUGCAGUUCCCGUCUGACCAUGAGUACACCAACCACUUCCUCUCUUGCAUCAUCGUGGGCACAACCCUCGAUGAUAAUAUCAUUGACACAUUCAACACCUUAAAUCAGCAGUAUGCACAGCUACAGAAUAUUACGCCACCAAAAUUGCCAAAGUGGUUCAACAAUGGUGUACUGAAGUCAUAUCUUUUGUUACAUGAUGUUUCUGCUGUAAGCAAAGACAAGGCUGAUGCAGCAUUUGAGACCUUAAAACAAACCUUCGGGUCCAGCAACUGUUUUAUGCUGUCAAUUAACUCUAAAAGCACCACAGAUCCAAGUUUACCCACAGAUUACUGGGCUCAGUAUAUAAAACGAUCUAAUGAUUCAACUAGUGAAAUAUUGUCACCAGUGUCAAACCUGCCUACAACACCCCCUGAUCCACAGCCUUUUCCUGUUGGAUCUUGCACAUCAGAUGAUAGUACUGUACCCAAUCAAAAUGUUCCACCAGAAGGUUUGCAUCCACUGACUACUUCUGAGAAUGAUUUUUAUGAUAAUGCUAACAGCUUACAGACUCACUCAUUCUCAGGCAGCUCCGAGAGUAUGAAUGUCAGUGUAAAACCACUAGAUUACUCCACUGAAGUCCAUGGACUUGCUCUGAAUGCCAAUGACAUUGAUUCCAUCAAGAAAUUUCUUCAAGAGUAUGCUGGCAAAGCACUGCUUCCAUAUUUAGAAAAACAAAUAUCGCAGCUAUCUGAACUGGUUGCUAAUAGAAAAGGUGUUAGUAGAUCCUUACUGUCUGCCACCAAAAGAUGGUUUGGUACAGGAAAGGGUGGGAAUACAACUGGCAACAAUACUGUAAUCUAUUCCAGCGAUUGCCCGGAGCUCCAACUGCGUCGUCUAGGCGACCUCUGGUUCCUAUUAGGCCAGUGGCAGCGCGCCUUCGACACGUACCACACGGCCAAGCGCGAGUUCUACGCCGACAGCGCGUGGCUGUGCUACGCCGGGGCCUUGGAGAUGGCCGCGGUCAGUGCCUUCAUGGCGGGUGACGCUAAUAAGAAAACGCAUGGGUAUAUGGAGGAGAGUAUCGUGACUUACUUGAAUACCUGCAGGAUGGUGCAGUACGCGGUGCGAGCAACACUGCUAUCAGUCCUCUGCCUCGGCAGCGCCGGCCUGCACGGCGAGGCCGCCAAACAGCUGAUCCGCAUGACUUCGGAGGACAGCGAUCUCCGCAGCGCCAUGCUACUCGAACAAGCAUCGCUUUGCUUCCUUUCUGGACCCGGAUCGAAGGCUAUGUGUAGGAAAUACGCCUUCCACAUGGUGCUGGCUGGACAUAGGUUUUCCAAGGCGGGGCAGAAGAAACACGCUUAUAGGUGCUACAACCAGGCUUACCAGGUGUACCGCGACAGCGGCUGGCGGCUCUCAACGGACCACGUGCAGUUCGCGCUGGGUCGCCUAGCGGGCGCGCUGCGGCUGACGCGCGACGCGGUGCGCUGGCUCGGCGCGCCGCUGGCGCCCGCCGCGCGCCACCAGCCCGCCGCGCAGCAGGACGCCUUCCUGCGCGAGUACAUGCUGCAGCACCAGCAAUGGGUGGACAGCGAGGAGGAAUUCAAGGAGCACCUGCCAGUGCUGCCGCUGCCGCUGCUGGAGAGCGAGGCCACGUCGGUGCUGUGCGUGGGCCCCGCGCCGCUCUCCUCGCCCGGCCGCGUGCCCGCCACCUCGCUCGCCGUGCACCACACGCCGGACCGCCAGGAACAACACACGUGGCAUAAGCUCGAGGAGAUGCUGCUCCAAGUGGUGUACGGCAGCGUGCCGAUGAUCUUCAAACCCACCGUCGACCUCUACACCAACAAAACCGACUUGAACCCGUUUGCUCCGCAAGGAGAGCCAAUACAAAUAUCAAUCACUCUUCGAAACCCGCUGAAAAUAGUCAUCAUUCUUAAAGACGUCGAGCUUUUGUGGCAUUUCGUUUCGGAGAGCGAUGACUCCAAACAAAUUGUGAACAAUGAGCCAAUGGUGGCGUCCGGGAGCUCUUUGGAAAGCAGCGCGAUUUGCGGGCAGAAGAUCAAAUCCGUGGUGUUGGAGGGAGAGAGCAGUAAGAUGUUGACGUUCAGUCUGACUCCCUUGCGCAUGGGGCGGCUGUGUGUGCAGGGUGUGGCGUAUAAGUUAAUUAAUGCUGGAGAAGGAGGCAAUGAAAAUGCAACUGGGUCGGUUAUAGCAGGGAAACUGAAUUUAUUGUCGGGAAUCAAUGCUUCUGAUAAACGCUUGCAAAUCACUGUGAUUCCGCCCGCUCCGUGUUUACAGAUGACGUUCACGGAAAGCAGCGCGGAGGUGAUAAGCGGGGAGCUUCGCGUCGUCGACGUGGAGAUCCGGAACGUGGGUCCGGUAGACGCGGGGCCCGUAUACUUCGCCGUGUCGCGCCCCGAUUGCGUGCAGCUACUGACGCCCGAUAACGAGGAGCUCUUCAAAUCUUUAUACGACGAGAAGUAUAAGGCGCCUACGGUGUACUCGGACGAGCGGGCGGCACGCUCGGGCGCGUGGCGCGCGCUGGCGGCGCGGCACGUGGCGCGCGGCGCGGGCGGCGUGCCGCGCGGCGCCUGCGCGCGCGCCCGCCUCGUGCUGCGCGCGCGCGCCCGCGCGCCCGAGCUGCCGCUGCUCGCGCUCUACGCGCCCGAGCCCGCCGCGCCGCCCGAGCCGCCCGAGCCGCCCGAGCCGCGCGCCUACAGGCUGCUGCGCCACGUCUUCCGGUUCACGCCCGAGGAAGCAGUGGAAAUAUCAGUCACACCCCGGAGAAGCAUAAAGACCACUCCGAAUAAGAUUUCCGAAAACAUGAAUCUAGUCACUGAGAUUAAGAAUAUCUGCGGAGAGAAAAAUGAUGACAUUAGUAUUGAAGUUCUAGAAGCCUCCUUGCUCAGUAGGCAGUGGCGCCUUACUGCUAUGAUUGCAUCUGACGAUAAAAAUCAACUGUUGCAUUCUCGCGAAAAGAUGCACCUAGUUUUCCAAGCUAGCAGAAUCUUUGAUUUUCCGCCAGAGAGUAAAGUAGGCUGGUCGGGAUUAAAGAUUGCAACGGGACAACCCGAUCCUGAAGACAAUAUAGCAGUCUCACCGUAUUCCCACUUUGUUACUGACUACGAUACUUCCAUAGAUAACAUGGAAGCUAAUGGAAGAUCCGAUACGAAAGCGGGAUUGAUACAAUCCAUGUUUGUGGUGAGAUGGAAGGCUCAUCGCAGGACGAAAGGGACGACUGUGAAUGGCCAGCAUUACCUCUGGCUGGACGACUUCACCAGAGUCCUGUCCCGCGAGAGAGAAGUCGUGUCACCCGAAGCGCCGUUGCAGCUCGACGAAUACGAGAUCAAGUUAGACCCCCACGAUACUAGAAAGAAAAGUAAAGAUAAUGUCGUCGUCUAUAGAAUGGAGCACUCGAACCUAAUCAGUCAUAACUUCGAGAAGAAUAAACUGUGCGUGGUGCCCAUAACUAUCAACAUCGUCAACUGUUACCAAGUCCCUGUGAACGUGUUUAUUGACAUGUCAAAACAAACCAACAGGGAGGGCGGGCGGUCGCUGGGCUGGUGCGGCGCGCUGAGCGGCUCGGGGCCGGGCGAGGCGGGCGUGUCGCUGCGGCUGGAGCGCUGGGAGGCGCGGCGCGUGCGGCUGCGCGCGCUGUGCGCGGCGCCCGGCGCCUACGUCGUGGGCUCGGCCUUCGCCGUGUCGGCCGCCCCGGUCGCGACGGCCGACGCCGCGCUCACUCUCGCGCACGCGUCCGCGCCCACCGACACCUCGCUGCUCGUCGUCCAGACUCCGUAGAGCUCCGGCAUAUUAUUACUGUUCGAUU